AUGGCUCCUUUGAAGCUUCUACUUGUCGGAGCAACCGGUUUCAUUGGAGGAAGCGUAUUGCAGGAGCUACUCGAAUCAUCGGAAGCACAGAACGCGAACCUCCAAAUCACCGUCGCUGUGCGCCAACCCAACCAAGCAGAAACUCUUUCUGGCAAAGGUGUGCGAGCAAUUCUGAUUGCCGGACUUGAUGACGCCGAUGGACUCGAGAAUGCAGCGCGCGACCACGAUAUUGUGAUAAAUGCCGGGACCGGUCAACAUACCGAGGCUCCGAAAGCCCUAAUUCGAGGUCUCGGGAGAAGAAAACAACAGACUGGACAGGAGGGCCAUUUUAUUCAUCUCUCAGGAACAACGAACAUCGCCGUCCCAAACAUCACGCCUUCACCGUACCAACUGAGGGAUUUCUCGGAUGAAGAUAACGACCUCUAUGAGUACGAAAAGUCCCGUGCUGCAAACGACCCAUACGGACAAAGAGUUGCAGAUGUCGUGGUGAUCGAGGAAGGCAUCCGAUUCAACGUGAGAACCUAUAUUGUCAUGCCACCCACAGUCUACGGGCACGGCACGGGAUGGUUCAAGAAACAAUCUCAUCAGGUCCCUACUCUGAUCAGAAGUGCAAUCAAAAGUGGUCGUGCUGAGUAUAUCGGUACUGGCGAGGUGCAGUUGGGCCACGUCCAUGUUACAGACCUUGCACGUCUGUUUGGUCUGCUAGCCACAAAGGUAGUUGCGGGCGAGACCGUUCCUUCAGGCCAACAGGGCUAUUAUUUCACAAACACCGGAUCUCAUACGUGGCUUGAUGUUGCAAACCUCAUUGGCAAAGCGGGCUUUGAUCUUGGAGUCCUGGAAUCACCACUUCCGAGGUCUAUAAGCCUGGAAGAAGGAGCAGUCAAGUUUGCGGAUGGAGAUGUUAAAUUUGCGGAAGCUUGCUUUGCAUCAAGUUCGAGCUCGCUGCCUCGCAGGGCCUUUGGCUUGGGUUGGAAGCCUCUCCAUACCGAAGAAGAUUUCAAGGCUUCGAUCAGAACGACGUUUGAAAAGAUACACAACGGAGGAGUGUAA